UUCCACGAUUUCAAUGAUUUCGGGUUAUGAUCAUGGCCAAAAUAUUUUUGUUAUAUCGAUCGAUAGAAACUUGAAUUGUGAAUGGGUUUUUGAUAACAAUUCAACAGGCAAACGCCAUGAUGAAUUUCACUUUUCAAAAACAUUUCUUUCCGAAAUCAUUGAUCGAUUGGGUGAGGAAUCAUCGAAAGCGCAAAAAUUGCAGAUACCAAUUACGACGACGUCCAAAUUCACUGCAAACACUAAUGAUGAUCUGAUAUAUCUCAUGUUUACACGGUCCAAUGUUUCAAAACAAUCAAGAUUCAAAGAAAUUGGUUUCAUACGUUUCGGUAAACGUGAUCUUUAUUUUGAUGAUGGAACCUCGUUGAAACAUUUGGUCAAUUGUCCAUCUAUAUUGGAUUUUUAUAUUCGUUUCAAACGUAAUGGUUUUGGUAAAAUAUUAUUCGAUUUGAUGCUAAAACGAUUGGCCAUCCAUCCAAAAUUAUUAGCCUAUGAUCGACCAUCAUUUUCAAUGUUGUCAUUUUUACGUCAUCAUUAUUCAUUGGACCAACCAAUAUGGCAGCAUAAUCAUUUUGUUAUAUUUUCCAACGAUAUUUUUUCAUUUUGAUCACUAAUUCUGCAGUUGACAAUUAGCCUGAUAGGCUGUCCAAACGAUCAUCCAUCCACAUGGUUGAAACAAAUGCUUAAAUUAUUAUGCAUUUCGAUUACCUCACUCAAUGAAUGAUUACAUUUUUGGCUUUUUAUUGAUUGAAACCUAAACUGAAUGGUUUCACUUUUUUCGAUAGAAAAAAAUGGGUUAAUUGGGCGAUUGAAUCCCGAUAUCUUAUUUAUGAAUGGAUCCACGAUAAUCCACAUGAACAAAAAAUAUUGUACAAAAA